AUGAAUUACACGGUCUGGGAUGCAGAGCUGGCUAAUAAAGCAGCUGGUUGGGUGUCACAAUUACGACAACUACAGCAUAAUCCUAACAGAGAAAUUGCUUCCAAUAGAUUCAAGACUGGUGAGAACAUCUUUUGGUCCUCUACAACAGACUCAGACUCUACCCUUAACAUCGGCGACGCGAUCGACUCGUGGUUCUCGGAACAUAAAGAUUACAGAUUCCAGCCAUAUAAAUCCUCAUCGCCCCCAGUUGGUCAUUACACGCAGAUGAUUUGGUCGGACACCACUUACGUCGGUUGCGCCAUGUCACGAUUGCAGAACGGGAAAUUUACGGAGUACUAUGUCGUCUGCAACUAUGGGCCACCUGGAAACUUCAGGAAUGAAUUUCCAUACGAAGCCAGCGGCCAAGGAUCUCAGAAGCUGAUGUGUUCAGUCGGGAAGGAUAAAUGCAACAAACUGCCAUAUGGAGAUAGUGUCCACGACAAUAGAUCGACAAAGUUCUCCAUCUAUCUAUACAGGGUGUUUGGUAAAUGGGUAUAUGAGCCGACACUAGCCCAUGUUAACAUGGGCAUAUAA